GGGGCGGGGCGCCUGGAGGGAUGCGGUGAAGGGCGAGCGGCUCGGCGGCGGCGAUGAGUGCCUCUGCGGCCACCGGGGUGUUCGUGCUGUCCCUCUCAGCCAUCCCGGUCACCUACAUCUUCAACCACCUGGCGGCCCACCAGGAUUCCUGGACAAUUGUAGGGGUUGCUGCCCUUAUCCUGCUCCUGGUAGCCCUGUUGUCUCGUGUUCUCGUCAAAAGAAAACCGCCCCGGGACCCGCUGUUCUAUGUGUAUGCAGUUUUUGGAUUUACCAGCGUGGUGAACCUCAUCAUAGGACUGGAACAAGAUGGCAUCAUUGACGGGUUCAUGACACAUUACCUGCGAGAGGGUGAACCAUAUCUGAAUACUGCCUAUGGGCACAUGAUCUGCUACUGGGAUGGAUCUGCUCAUUAUCUGAUGUACCUAGUGAUGGUGGCAGCCAUAGCUUGGGAGGAAAAUUAUAGAACCAUUGGCCUAUAUUGGGUAGGAUCCAUUAUAAUGAGUAUUGUUGUUUUUGUGCCUGGAAACAUUGUAGGGAAGUAUGGAACAAGGAUUUGCCCUGCAUUUUUCUUAAGCAUACCAUAUGCUUGUCUUCCUGUCUGGGCUGGUUUCAGAAUCUAUAAUCAGCCAUCGGAAAAUUAUAAUUAUCCCUCAAAGGUUGUACAAGAAGCCCAAGCAAAGGACCUGCUGAGAAGACCACUGGAUUUAAUGUUGGUCAUGUGUCUCCUCCUGGCAACUGUAUUUUGCUUGUUCAGAGGCUUGAUUGCUUUGGAUUGCCCAGCUGAACUCUGCCGAUCGUAUGCACAAUUUCAAGAGCCCUACCUAAAGGAUCCUGCUGCUUAUCCUAAAAUUCAGAUGCUGGCAUAUAUGUUUUAUUCUGUCCCUUACUUUGUGAUUGCACUUUAUGGCUUAGUGGUUCCUGGGUGUUCCUGGAUGCCUGACAUAACACUGAUUCACGCUGGAGGCCUAGCUCAGGCUCAGUUUUCUCACAUUGGUGCUUCUCUUCAUGCCAGAACGGCUUAUGUCUACAGAGUCCCUGAAGAAGCAAAAAUCCUUUUUUUAGCAUUGAACAUAGCAUAUGGAGUUCUUCCUCAGCUCUUGGCUUAUCGCUGUAUCUACAAACCAGAGUUCUUCAUAAAAACAAAGGCAGAUGAAAAAGUGGAAUAAAAAUAUCACUUGAUGUUUUUCUUCUCUAGAUUAGUGACUGCUAUAUUGGUACUGAUAUUUUGUUCCAUUACUUUCUCAUACAUAAUAUGUAAGAAAACAAAUUCUUGCUCUGUAGUUUACAUGUGAGCUGUAAUAUGGUACUGUCACAAAUUCUUGCUCUGUAUUGUAUGUAUGAGCUAUAAUUAUAUGAUAUUGUGUGAGUAAAUUUUUUUGAAGGAAAACUGAAGUUGUGGAGAUACAGCUUGUUUAAACAAAUUAUCUGUUUAAACAAAAAUUAUCUGUGAAUAAACCUGACCAUCUAGCUCAAUAUUUUGUUUGCACAUACUAAAAUAAGUGUGAAAAAUUACAAUUCAGUGCCUAUAAUAGUAAGCAUAAAAAUGUAACUUCAGAGAUGAAUGUGGUCUAUGCAUAUAAAAAAAUUCAAAACAGCAAUCACAGGUUGGAGAAAUAACUUCUGCAUUUAAGAUGUAUAUGCUUUAUUAUCAACCUCAAUAUAAAAUGCAGAUUAUCCGAAUAUUUUUAAAUGUUUGAAAAAUGUUUUUCAAGGAAAGUAUAUUACUUACUGCUAUUUUAAAAUUGCUUUUACUAAAACUUUUUGUGUGAAUCUGAAUAGCUAAAGUGAGACUGAUUAACUUUAUCUUUACCCUUAACGAACACUUGUCUUAUUGGUGUCUGGAAAUAUUUCUAUUGUAUUUCUGUGUGUAUUUUUAAUAAAAUUAUUUUUGGUGUUUUAUGAAGAUAAA